CCCAGCUCGCCGCUCGCCGUUUGCCGCCGCAGCCCCAGUCUGGUCCCGGCCGCUGGAGAUGCAGGGAGCACAGGAUCACCGCCGGCCACCGGUGAUUCCAGCCCCAUAACCGUGAACCGUGCUGCGCGCGCCGUAGUCAGUGUCCGCGUUAGUGCAGUGUGCGUGUGUGUGUGAGUGCGAGUGUUAGUGCCUAAGUGUUGUGAUUGAGGGCAUGGCGCCGUCCUCCGCGCUGGUCGUGCUCCUGGUGGCGAGCCUCUGGAUACACUCCGCCCCAGCGCAGCAGACCCAGCCGCCCCAGCCGCUGGCCGCCGACAACAAAGAUGUGACGACGACGACGACGCCGGGGCCUCCGAGCAGCACCUCGGCGGCGUCGGGCACCGAGACCGGCCGCGGCCGAGCCAUAAACUUCACCACCAUGGGCGAGGACGCCGGCAACUCGUCGCUGGCCGACGUGGACGGCAACGGCCACCCGGAGGCGACCACGCUCCGGGCCAAAACCAGCAAGACGCCGUCCGCGUCCGGAGCUGGCUCCGGGGAGCGUCGCCUGGACGACGUGUCCAUGGACGACGACGACAACCUGGACCCGUCUUCGGGCAUGGGGCUGCACGGUAACGGCUCCACGACCACGACGUCCUCGCCGUCCUCGACGGCCGCGCCGGCGUCCAGCACGGCGUCGUCCACGGCCGCGCUCUCGGAGGUGGCGCCGUCCACCACGCUGCCCACGUGCACGGACACGGACGGCAAGGUGUACGUGGAGGGCCAGCGCUUCUCCAAGGCGUGCGACGAGGUGUGCACCUGCGCCGGCGGCGUCAUCACCUGCACGGCCAGGUGCAAGGCGCCCUUCCUGCGCCGGGGCGCCCGCCUGGACCCCAUGUGCGUCGAGAAGGACUCCGACAAGGACCCCUGCUGCGUGCUGCUGGUGUGCGCUCAGGACUCAGAGCCGGAGCCGCUGGAGAGCUGCACCUUCAAAAACAAGACGUACAGCCGCGGGCAGACUUUCUACGACGCCUGCGAGUCCUCCUGCAGCUGCGGCGACGCGGGCAAUGUGACGUGCAAACCGAGGUGUCCGCCCACGGAGGCCAAGAUGUCGGACCGCUGCCUGGCCGUGCCGGACCGCGCCGACCCCUGCUGCUCGGUGGUGCUGUGCGACGUGAGCCUGGGCGACCACGACGUCGGCAAACCGGCCAUGGGCGGCGAGGAGGCCGCCCUCGCCAUGCGGCUGGUGCUGAGCGGCGCGGAAGCCAUCAACAGUACGGCGGUGCGCCUGUCGCUGCCCUCCGAGGACGUCCCCGAGAACGUGACGGUGGAGGCGUCCCUGGACGGCCGGCUGUGGCGCGCGCAGACCGUGUUCCACGACGCGGCCGCGGCGCCUCUCCUCUCCGGCCUCCAGCCCGGCAGGACGUACUUCAUCCGGCUGCGCGUGGGCGCGGACAUGGGCAGCGCCGUGGAGGUGACGCUGCCACCCGGCCUGCCCGCACCCUCCUCCACGCCGGCGCCCGCCAACGCCACCUCCAGCACGACGGCCGUGCCCGCAGCCGUGCCCGCGGCCGCUGCCGGCCAAUGCACCUACAAGGGCAAGAGCUACGCGCUGGACGAGGAGUUCCACGACGGCUGCCAGGCGUUCUGCGCGUGCACUGCGACGGGCAUGCAGUGCGCCCCCCUGGAGUGCCCCACCGACUUCGGGCUGGACCUGCUGGACCCCGAGUGCCUGGACUGGGAGACGGUGCCACGCAACUUCGUGCCCAACCCGCCCCACUGCUGCCCCGAGAAGGUGUCCUGCCGCAACAACGGGUCCUGCGUCUACGCCGACCAGCGCUUCCCCAACUUCAGCGAGAUCCCCACCAAGGUGACGGGCUGCGACCAGCGCUGCUUCUGCGAGUACGGCAACGUGACGUGUGAGGCGGUGUGCCCGCCCGUGUCGCCCGCGCCGCCCGCCGGCCUGCCCUGCCCGCCGCACCAGGCCAUCCUGGACCACCAGCACGGCGACGACUGCUGCCUGUUCUGGAUGUGCCCGCAGCCAGUGCCGCACUUCGGCAGCCAUCCCGGUAACCAGACAUCGGCCGUCCCCGCCCCCACCCCCACCCCCACCCCGUCCAAAGCCUCCUUCCCGCUCGUCCUCGCGCCCCCGUCAGACCCCAGUCCGAGCCCCGCUGCUGCUGCUGCCCCAACCAAGCCACCCUCAGCCCCGGGUCCCUUCGGCGUCCUGGCCCCACCCAAGGAGGUCGCCCAGAAGCCCGGCGAGGCCUCGCCGCCCUUCCCGGGUCCGUUCGCACCGCCCAAGACGCCGCCCAGGACGCCGACGUCGCACGCCGCCUUCCCGGGCCCGUACGCGCCGACGCCGUCCCCUGAGUCCUCCAAGCCGCACAAGACGCACUUCAUCGGGCCUUUCCGCAUCGACGAUGAUGAUGACGCCACGGGAAGCAAGGACGCCGACAGGGACGGGAAGCACCCCGCGGCUGGCCCUGCGCGCCCGCCCGGCCCGGCCGAACCCGAGGACCAUGACUACGAGGACCACGAGGACAACGAGCACUACGCGCACCCCGGCCAGCAUGCGCAGCACGCCCAGGGGCCGGGCCACCAGGGCCAGUACUUCCCGCUGCCCUCCGACAAGAAGAACGUGGACCCGGAGUACCAGAUCAUCGCCGUGGUGCCGCACAACGUGCACAGCGUCCACCAGAGCCUGCCGCCGCAGUACCAGGGCGUCCCGCCGUACCAGCAGCUGCCGCCACAGGGCCUGCCGCCCCACCAGGGACACGUGGCCCAGCAGGGACUUCCCCCCAGGGGCCUCGCGCCCAUCCAAGGGCAGCCGCCACGCAGACCCACUCCGGAAGAACUCUACAUCCAACACAUCCAGGAUCAGGAGGGCGUUCACCACGGUAUCCCGCAGGGCGUCCCUCAAGGUAUCCCUCAAGGCAUCCCUCACGGCGUCCGACAGGGUGUUCCCCAAGGCAUCCCCCACGCGAUACACCAGGGGGUUCCUCAGGGCGUCCCCCAUGCUAUUCCUCAAGGCAUUCCUCAAGGCAUCCCCCAUGGCGGCCCCCAGGAAGUUCCGCAGAACCCCGCAGACCUAUACCUUCUGCACAACCAGCAAGGUCUUCAGGGCCUCCAGGGGGACAAAGUGUACCACGUGGAGGUGCCACCGCAUGGAGGCCCCAGCUCGCCGGCCGGCCUCCAGGAACACAUCAUCGCCGCCCUGCGCGAGCACGGCGCCCUGCCGCACACCAGACCGCAGCAGCAGCAGCAGCCUCCCGCACACCCUGUCCCCUUCCCACCCCACCACGGACAAGGACUUGGACUCGAGCACGAAGACGACCUCGCGACUGAGACGUCCAAACACCCAGCACUUCAGCAGCAUCUUGCUCAGUUGCUUAGCAACCACUCCUACUCAGGCUUCCCCGAUGGAUUCUUGCCUCCUGGAUUCCCUCAGCACCCCGGAGCCGCUCGGCAAGACGAGGUGACGGUGCACACCCUGGAGGCCGUGGACGACAGCGCGGUGCGGCUCGUCUUCUCCGUGCCGUCCGUGCUCGUGGGGCUGCACGGGCGCGUCGAGCUGCGGUACACGUCCGACAUCCACAACGACGAGCCGGCCACGUGGGAGCAGCAAGUGUUGGCGCCGCCCAGGGACCUGAUCGCCACGCCGCAGCUCGAGUUCGAACUGGGCGGCCUGCAGCCCGACACCGUGUACAAGAUCAAGAUCACCGUCAUCCUCAAGGACCUGCACAACACGCCGUCCAGCCAGGUGCUGCAAGUCCGGACGCUGCCCCGAUCGACCCCCACCACGACGCAGCCGCCGCAGAUCCGCGUGGACGCCGAGCUGGCCGUGGCCGAGGUGAACGCCACGUGGGCGCGGCUGUCAUGGAGGAAGGCCAAGCCCUUGGAGAUCAACUACAUCGACGGCGUGCAGCUGCGCUACAAGGAGAUCGACGGCAAGGUGUACGCGGCCACGCCCCUCAUCCACAGGGCCGUCACGAGCUACACGCUGGAGGGUCUGCGGCCCGACACGCAGUACGAGGUCGGCAUCUACUUCAUCCCCUUCACGGGCCAGACCACCGAGCUGCUGUCCGAGAGGACGGUCACCUUCACCACGGGCAUCGAGAACGACCCCUACAAGUUCGAGCUGACGCUGGACGUGCACCACAUCAAGUCCACGUCGGUGGAGCUCAGCUGGCAGGGCGUGCCCUACCCCGAGGACAAGUUCGUCAACAUCUUCCGCGCCAUCUACCAGAGCGACGCGGGCAAGGAGGACUUCAGCUCGUUUAAGAUCGCAAAGCGGGACUCACCGCCCAAGACCAUGAUCCAGGACCUCAAGCCCGGCACCAGGUACCGGCUAUGGCUCGAGGCGUACCUCACCAACGGCCGCAUCAAGAAGAGCAACGUGCAAGACUUCAGCACCAAGCCGGGCUCGGCGCCGACGGCCGCGGGCUCCACGCAACAAGGCAAGCUGGAGGGCACCCCCCUGGCCGAGGUGUCCGACUACUACGGGCCGCUGGUGGCCGUGGCCAUCAUCGCCACCCUGGCCAUCCUCACCUCGCUGGCGCUCACUCUGUUACUGCUCAAAAAGUGCGCCCAGAGCAAGGCUGCCAUCUCUACCUGUAGAAAGAGUCAAUCGGCGUAUGACAACCCAUCUUACAAGACCUCUGAAAAUGAUUCAAUGGCAUCCAAUGGACGAAGUAGAAGUGCUCGAGACUCGAGCGAAGAGCCUUGAGUGCUUCAAAUUGUGAGCCGUUCCAUCUGCUCUUGUGAUGAAACUUGAAACCAGUGAUAAUUAUUGAUGUCAGUUACUUUUGACUGACAACAAAUGAACCUCUAAAGAGAAGUACUUACGACGAUAAGUACAAGCUUUCCGCUUGUAUAGAAGAUUGUUAUUGUAAAUGUAUAUAUUAUAUAGUUUAUAAGGCAUUUUAGAGAAUCGUGUACAUAUUGUGUAGAAAUUUAUACGGGACUGAUGAUUUUGUGAAAUAGGAGACACAGGUGACAAAUGUGAAGAAAGCAAACUGUGAGGAUUGCAGGUUGUUCAGGGUAAAGUUUUUAAGAUGAACUGAGGCCUGUUUAAAAAUUUAGUCUAAGCAAUAAUUCUACAUUCCCGAUCAGUACCCACCAGCAAGCGUUUCUAAAAAAAUAUUUCUUACUUUUCUAUUUUAAAUUAUUAGUUUUUAACUUUUCAGGACUUAGGGAAUCCUUUCAACAAGGAACAAAUUGUUAGAGUUGUAGUUUGUUUUUAUUGUCAAAUUUUAUAUAUGUUACUACUUGUAUGUUUACAAGACUCUAAUAGUUUGUCAUGUUACUUGGAAAUAGGGAAACAAACCUGAGAAGUGAACUGUGCCUGCAAAAGACUAGCAUAUAUUUAAGAACAAUUUACAAAUUAACCAUCUAGUGUUUUUAGUCGCUGUGUGGCAAAAAAGAAACUUUGAGAAAAAUUAUUUAUUGCUUUGUAUAUUCAAGUUGACUAUACUCCAAUGUGAGUGUUCUUCCUUGAAAGAGUGCAUUCCAUUAACAAUUGUAUUUAUUGUGUUAUAGCAGUGUAUGGUCUCUUAAUUUGUAAUUAUUGGACCUCAUCUUUGCAUUGUGCAUCAUAAUUUAAUUGUUGGAGCUUUUUGGGACCAUUUGUUAAAAAUCUAAAAGGUGUGAAAGGAAAUGGUUCUGUUUUGAGACUGAGCCCUUGAAGGCAUUCAUGUGAAAUUCUGUCUUUUUGCAAAUUUGGUAACCUGUCACUUUUUAACAAAAUUUGACAGCACUAUCAAAAAAAUGGUUAUUUCCACUAACAUAACCAGUCCAAAGUGUGGCCUUAAAAGUAACUAUUUUGCUCAGUCAAUUAAUUUGUAAACUAGAUGCCUGAUGCUCUGGAUUCAUCCUCAGAUGUCCACUCACAGGAAAUAACAGGCCUACAACUGCAAGUAUGAUUGUUUAUACUUGUCUUGUGGGUUUCCAGUUGGCCGCUGUUUUAAACAAAGGCUGUUCUCAAUUGAAGCAGCUGAAUCUGUGUAUAAAGUAUAUUGUAUUACCAAAGCUUCUCAACUACUGGAGUGGGGUGGGGUGGGGAGGGGAAUGUAUCUGACCUGUGCAAUAUUGUCCUUAAGAUACCCUGGUUGUGAUAUCAGCACUGUUCAUCACACGAAAUAAGCUGUUUUCGAAGUUACAAAUUUGUAUUAAGCGAAAAAAGGAUACUCAGAGUACCACUUCGUCAUAAAAAGAAAAUCAUAACUAGAUAUAAAUUAAAACCUUCCUGAACACCAGUGUAACAUAAUGUAGAUAGAAUAGGCAGAACCUCAGUCACUCAUGUCCAGAACAGCAUGUAUACUUGUCAGAAUUAAACAUGCGUGUUAAUACAACUUAGUGUUAAAAAUACUAAGUGUGCCAUGUUUGUGGAUUUAAUUUAUAAACACGUUCUGUGUUAUAAACACAAUUAAAGUUGAUCUACAACCCUCCAAAGUCA